AUGGGAUUCGGUGAAGAUUAUUACCAGUCACAUAGAUAUCACUUGGUGAAACUUAUUGAGAUUGUUGUGAUCAUGAUGACAGACCCUGACUUACCGAUCACUCCUAUUGUCUACCAGGAGAGUUAUGCUGACGACUGUGAAAUUGACCGUAAAACAAUCAUUCAUGUCUGGAAAACUGUAGAUUGGGAAAAACACGUCUACAAUGCCACAUUAGAUGGAUAUAAGGUUAUAGUUUCUGGUACAUGGAAUCUAAAUGACGUACAAAGUGGUCUUGAUUGGAUGAGAUAUUACGCACAGAAUAUCAGAGAUUUUGGAGGCCUAGAGGUGCUGCUACAGCUGAACGACUUUGGACGAAAAUCCCUGACAGUAUGGACGAAUUCGAAAAGAGACUGGACGAACUUCGAUGCAGAAUGUGCCAGAACAACAUACUAG